AUGCAGGAUUGUGAUCUCGUUAACAAGUACUCUUGCGCUGGCAAGUGUAGGCGAAACGUCGAGGGAAAGGUUGUCCUUCCAUCAGGAGCUUUCGUCCCUAAGGAAAUCCCCGGCCAUUUACUCAAGGAUCGUGUAGACGAAUGGCAUCAUCGAAAUCCGAACCAGCUCGCCACCGGCACCCUUUUCCACUCGACGACACCAUCCUCCGCUCUCGAAUAUUCGCCCUUGUGCACUACGACUAGAUCUACACAUCAGACCUCGAAGAAGGAUCGCAUCGCCGCCAUCGAAGCCGAGUUACUCGCCCUCCGUGCUCGACAACCGCCCAGUUUCGUGCCCACCACCCAAAUGCUCGCUCAGACGCCUUGUGCCGUUUUCCAGGAUGAAGGAGAAGUUUCUCCUGCCUCGCCGCCGCUUCCUGCUGCCCCUGUGCUCGCCGCUGAACAAGAUAUUGGUCCAGAACUCACCAUUCGAGACGCACCAGACGCCGUCUGUGUUUACUCACAAGAAAAGACCGUCGACACCGCACUCGAGCAAGAAACACCCAAGAAACUCGGCAUCACGUAUCUCAUGUUACCACCCGUGAACGACAUCGAAUCGGCGCCCGCCAACUGCGACAUUUCGUCGAGUACUCCGUCCGUCAUCACCCUGCACGAGUUCCCGUCCCUAUCCCCCGAAAUUCGACCUCAUAACUCCGAAACCACGACCACGAGAUCCCAUACAACCAAGGAGACUCGUCAACAAGCAACUGGGCUCGAAGAGAGUGCCACCACUACAACGCUGCCCGAACACGCUUCCAACUCGUUCCAUAUCACCCAUUCAAACAUCGCACUCGCCUCCACUCGAUAUCCCAGCCCACCAGACGCAUCCAUCGCCAAUUUCGACAUAUACAAGCCCUCCUAUCACACUCUCUAUCCCGACGACACUCCUGAUCCCAAUAACCCCGUUAAAUCGAAGACUUCGGCCACUCUCUGUUCCUAUGUCCCUCUAGACGAUGAAAAUCGACACCUCGAACACCUUCUCGACCCCGGCGGUCAAAAUUUCGACUCUCAGCCUUUCACUUCCCCAACAGCAAUCAUUCACGACAAUCCGCCGCAGCAACACAUGUCUCGACAACUGAUGCUGCCGCACACCACCAUGACGCUACCGCCCUUCCCAAACAGUCAGAAUGUCUCGAAGCACUUCGUUCCCAAGUGUCUGUUGCCCGCCAACAAUCCGCCCCUCGAGAACGAAUCUCUUCGUUUUAGGAUACGCGCUCGCUAUUUCAGUCCUCACGUGGUUAUUUUUAGCAGCCAAGACACCGCCCGUAGCCCCAGCAAAUCCGACAACACAUUCUUCGACCGCCAGAUCACUGCCAUUCAUAGUUCUGAUUCUUUCCCUCGUCUUUCCUUUCCUUCUCGACUUCUCGACGAUGUCUUUGGCCUUUCGCACUCUCGCCUUCAAGAUAUUCAGAUGUCAACCGCCUUCGACCCCUACAACGACUUCGACGCUGUUCACUUCGCUUUCGAAGAGUAG